AUGGAUUGGAUGUUAGAAAAAGGUCGGCCCGAAGUCAAGCUAUAUGCCUUCUUUCUACUGAGAAAUGAAAACAGAAGGAGAGCAAAUAGGGACCGGAGUAAUGAGCGCAAGACCAGCUGCUGUCUACCUAAUUUGGUAACUCGCGUCUUUAGAUGCGGUACGAGUGAAUCGCCAAAUGAAAAUCGCGAGUUCUGUGAUGGGAGGAAUUUACCACAGACUGUUCAAGAGCAGCAGCCUCGUCGAAGCGACAGGCUGCAGAUUAAUUUCAAGAAAAACGCCAAGAAGCCAGACACGGUCGUAGAAGAAAAAGUCUAUGUCAAGGUCGGCGAAGCAUCCAGAAAACAAGACACUGCGGCUGCUAAAGAGACAGGUUACAAGGAAACGACUAACGAACAACGUUGGGGUGAUGACACUUUUGAACAGUUCCAAAGGUACCCUCGAACUUAUUCUGCGGAAGCCGAGAGAAGAGCACUACAAGAAAAGUGGGAGCAGGAAAUUCAGCUACGUGAUGAUAUUCGCGAAGUCACCUACCGUGUAGAUGAAGCCGGACCUUCUAGCGCAAACACAGAAACCAGGAACAUCAAAGCUGAACCACGACAACAAAACAACAAAAGUGACUCAUCCAAGCCCCAGAUAGAAUAUGAGACUGAAGAACGUCGAAGUGCAUCUCCAAAAACAUUCGGAAAUCUAAAGAAAAUCUUAAAAAUCCCAUACGGAAGAGAUAUUGCCAGAUCUCAACCAGUUUAUACGGGAAGCAGUGAUCCUGAGAGUCUGUCGAGCUUGCCGCAGAGACCCAAUACGCCAACAUCACCGGCACCAGACUCGGAAUCGGCACGCAGAGACAAAUCUCGGACUCGGCGGCAAAAACUCAGAUUCGCAGACGAGGAACAUUUUUUUGAUUCGCGCCCCCCAAAUAAAAACUUAACAAGUUCAGACGCUUUCCAGCGUAAUGUUAAGAAGAAAACGAGGAGAAGCGAUAGUAGGAAGAAAGCAAAAUUGAAAAAUUUACUCGAACUUGAUUCUCCAAAUUCUUCGGACUCGGAAAUCGAGUUCGAGUUCCCAAAAGUCGGAGAAGAACGGGUGCAAGUCAAAAAGCUUAAAGAGACCAAAACAGAGCUGCCGGACCCCUCGGACUGCGCGGUCACCAAGAUGAAUAAUCUCAAUUCAAACGAACGGAAAAUCAUCAUUGAAUUCUGCCAUCUGCUUGAAAAAUCUAAGCAAUUGUUCAAUGGAUUAAGGGAGCUCCCGUUGUACGGUCACAAAUGCUGGCAUCCAUAUUUCGAACGCACUUUUGACGUAUACACGAAACUGUGGAAAUAUCAGCAGGAACACAGAGCAAUACUUGACACUAGAUACGGCCUCAAAAGAUGGCAAAUCGGAGAAAUCGCUUCGAAAAUAGGACAACUCUAUUAUCAUUUCUAUCUCCGCACCAGUGAAACGGCUUAUCUCAGUGAAGCCUGCUCGUUUUACUCUGCAAUACGCGGACGAAGUUAUUACACGCAAGCUUGUAAGCUUGAUAAAAGCGAGCUAGUUGUCAAAAAGUUGCGGUACUACGCAAGAUUUAUUGUAGUAUGUCUACUGCUUAAGAAGAUGAAGCUCGUGAUCGAGCUUACUAAAGAUCUUGAAAUAUUAAUAAGGGAUUAUGGGCAGGCUUACGAUCCGGACGACCAUCUAGAGUGGGUUAUAGUGCUGGACGAAAUAAAAGCUUUCAUUCAGUUAGAGGUGAUCGUAUCGGUUGUUCAUCCAGAUAGCUACACGGUGGUUCUCUCGCAUAGGCUCAACGAAUACAACAAAACAACUAUAGAGCGUUCGCCAAUUAUGAAUAUAUACUUGCAAGAAAUUAUAAUAAUCGGAAGUACUGAGGAUCAAGCGAAAUUUUCGGAAUUGUCUUUGGAUAUGUUCCGGAUCUUACAGACCCUGGAACGGGAGACUACUGCUGAUCGAGUAUCACGAAAUUAUGAAGAAUCACAUAGAAAACGGCACUUAACAACGCCAAAUCUACCAAGAGUAGAAAAUGAUACCGAACCUGAGGAGAGUACGGUGCGGGAUAACCCGCACAAGUACCUGUUAUAUCAACCGACUCCGACUCAGGUGCUCACCUACCUGGCUAGUGCUUGUAAUGACUUAGCACCCGGAGGUGGUCUGCUACUUUACAUAUCCGCCGACGGCCAUUUCUCGUCUUCACCAAAAGACGUUAUAGAAGAGGGCUAUGAUCGUGGAGGAGUAUUGACAUCGUCCAAAACGGAGGUAUAUCGACAAUCUGACAAAGAUCAUCACAGAAGUUCACAUGGAAAAACAAAGGAGGCGAACUGCCUCUACCCCGCCGAUUUAUACGCAUUUACUAGACGCCCGCUGGUUGUUAUCGUUGACUCCGAUAACUCCGGCGCGUUUCUAAGCGUCGGAGGGAGCUUCGGUCAACCUCUUGUCAUCCUAACAUCCCCGGUCAAAAUGCCUUCAAAUUAUUUGGAACGCAAAAGGCAAGGAAACAUGUUUACUUUAUUCAUGAGUUGUCCUUUUACUGGAUUUUCUUUUAUCACUGAACUUUUCUCUGUCUCAUUGAGUCAAUGGGAACGAUCUCAGCUACACCUUGAGGACUUCAUGAACGAAUUAUCUCAGAUCAUCCUUAGGGGUCGUGUUGAUAUAAUGUAUCUACAUUUCCUGGGCGAUGACUUCCUACGUCUGAUGAUAUUCCGUUACAUAUUCUGUGAGAUGUCGAUCAGAAUGCACCGGUCGUUCCGCUCCAGAAACUAUUGGCCUCGGUGUUCGCCUCCUCUACCAGAAGAUCUACUGGAACACACGCGUCUAAAGCACAUCAUAUUUGAUUUGGCUAAAUGCUUACAGGUUCAACAACAUUUCAACGACCCGUCAUUUAAUGGUCCCCAGUAACUAGAAAAAAUUAGUUCGAAACGUGACCUUUAGUCAACUUUCGAUUUGUAUUGUAUUUACGACUUUUUAUUGCUAAAUAUAUAUUUCAUACAAAACUAUACCAGUGAAUUCCAAAGACAUUACACAGCAGCACGGAACAAUCGGACCCUUUUUCGAAGAUCCGGCAACAGCUGUUCAUCAAAACGUGACGAAUACGUGAAAUAGCUUCUUUUAUCAAAGAACUCACGAGCAUCUGAAUCUAUUUAAGAAAAACCUACAGUUUUAUCAAAAUUAUUUUGUACAAAAUUAUACCUUAUUGCGUAUUGCUCAGUGAAGCAUCUUCCCUUUUGUAAUUAAAGAUAAGUAACAGGAAUGUCCCUAAAUUCGUUAAAUAUUCUAUACCAAAACGAAAUCUUCAUUACCUUCUGUGGCUUAAA